GGGGCUGAUGAGAUGAAGGUUGAAGGGGAGUUUCAGCCGACAUCUCAUCAGCUAUUGAACUGAUGUUGCAUUUCUGGACAUGAUCCGUCUAAGCUGGAUGGCAACUUUAACAUGUGACCUCGUCUGUGUUUUGGCCUGUGUUGAAAUGCACUAUGUAUACUUUUUGUUAACGGGACGGACAAGCAAUGCUCCCAGGAUGUUUGAUCCUCAGUCUGUUAUGGAGCAUCAGGAAGGUCCAAACCUCGCCUGGACCCAAGUGCUCCUUGGAACUGACAAGAGUCAGGACCAGCUGGGACUCCGCCAUGGUCUGGUUCACCACUGCCUGUCCAUCGCCUAACUUGAUAGCCCUCAAGGACUCAGAUUCUGGGCCAAUUUCGGGACACUGUCGUUUGGAUGGAAAGAAUAGAUUUAACUUCAUCUGCAAUAUAACAAAGCUAAAGCCAGGAACGUUGUACAAGUUAACUGUUAUUUAUGGGGAGAAUGAGAAGAUGAGCCUAGGCUUGUUACAAACAGACCCAGUUGGUCCAGCUAAUCUUAAGGUCCAGCUGGACCCAGAAGGAACAACUUCAGUUCAGGCUGCAUCAUCUGGGUUACGGGUCGACUGGUCUCCCUCUCUAGGACAUGUCGACUGGUAUGAUGUUACUCUGGAGGAUGUCAACUCUGGGUUAGUUCGCAGUACCAGAAUUAUGGGUUUUGCAGCUACCCAGUCUGGUUUCAGUUCACUGGUCCCUGGAACUCUGUACAACAUCAGUGUGUUGGCUACAUCUGGAAACAAGACUGCUGCCUCUGUGCACACCAUUGCAGUAACAGCCCCCUCAGCUGUGGACAGCCUCCAAGUGGCAUCCUCAUCUUCAGAUAGCCUUGGCUUGUCCUGGCAGCCAGGCCAGGGAAGGAUAGAGCUAUUCAGAGUUCUGCUGAUGGACCAGAAGGGGUUUCUUUUGAGAAAUGUCACUUUGAAGAACACCACAACCUUUAUUGAGCUGGACAGGCUGAAGCCAGGGACACUGUACAGGGUCUCUGUGGUAACAGUCGCUGCUGGUCUCCAACAUGUUGUCUCAACCCAGACCUACACAGUCCCAGCAGCAGUGUCAGAUCUGACCAUCAACAACGAAGGUAGUUCAGACACUCUUCGGGUCUCCUGGACCCCACCUGAAGGUGGUGUGGAUUUUUUUACGGUGACGAUGUGGGCUCCAGGACUGACCCCUCAGCGACGAAUUCUGUCCCCCAAUGUUACUGAGUUUGUAUUUUAUGAUCUAACUCCUGGACGCCACUACCAGUUGUCUGUCAACUCGUCAGCUGGUGGCUUGAGUUCGGAGAGCAGGACUGCAGGGAGAACAGUUCCUGACCAGGUUUCCAUCCUCUCCAUGUCCAUUGACAACAGCAAUCUGCGUCUCAGCUGGUCCCCACCCAGAGGUGACUGGGAUAACUACAGCAUCCUGUUGAAAGAUGGCUCAGCUGUUCUAAUGAAUCAGACCAUUAGUAAGCAGAGCAAGGAGCUUCUUCAGCCCAUCCAGAGCCUCGGUUUGGUUCCAGGACACCUGUACUUUGCAGAUGUCAUCGUGAACAGCGGCAGUUUAAGUAACACGGCGCACUGCAGCAGCAGGCUAGCACCUCGACCUGUGCAGCAGCUUGUCGUCCCUCGUGCUGAUGAGACAUCUCUGAGUGUCCGGUGGAGACAGCCUGCUGGAAGAUGGGACAGCUUCCUCCUGCUCCUUACAGAUGAGGACCUCGCCACUCCUGACACUCAGAAGAUCCUCAGCGGUGGGUCCACAGAGUACACCUUCAACGGUCUCACCUCAGGACGCCGUUACACUGUUACCGUGAUAACCAGCAGUGGAAACCUGAGCAGCUCUGCCUCCAAGACAGCAUGGACCACACCAGCUCCAGUAAGUGGGCUGCAGGUUUCUAACCUCGGCAGCACUGACAGCCUUCAGGCUCACUGGAAGUCAGCACCUGGAGAUAAAGACUCAUACCGUGUCUUGCUGGUCCAUGACAGCAGCAUCAUAAAGAAUGGGAGUGUGAUGGCGAACAUCAGUAGCAUAAGCUUUCAGAACCUGAGACCUGGAGCGCAGUACAAAGUGGUGGUCACCACUGUCAGAGCCGGACUCACUUCCAGACAGACUGUAGCUGAAGGGCGCACAGUGCCUGCUGCGGUCACUGAUGUGCGGGUCAGUAACAACGGUCGCACAGACUUCCUCACCGUCUCCUGGAAUCAGGCAGCAGGAGAGGUGGACAGUUAUCUGGUAACCUUGAAGGACCGAGACAAGACGUUGCACACCCUGGCAGUGUCAAAGUUCAAUCCUGGGUGUGUUUUCAGUUCAUUGAUAUCUGGACGCAUCUACAACAUCUCCAUCACCAGCUGCAGUGGAAACUACCAAAACCACACCUUUAUCCAGGAGAGAACACAACCUUCGAAGGUCCAAAACCCUACCGCGACUCAUGGUGCUCGGGACGACUACUUGAAGGUUUACUGGCGUCAUGCUGCAGGAGACUUUGACCUCUACCAGGUGUUCAUCAAACACAACAACACCUUCCUGCAGAACAAGACUGUGCAGAAGACUCAGAGCGAGUGUGUAUUCACGGGUCUAGUACCAGGACGGCUCUACACGGUACUAGUGAAUACUUGGAGUGGUUCUUACGAGGCCAGUGCCUCGACCCAUGGGAGAACCUUCCCAGCAGCGGUCCAGUCUCUAACUCUGGCGGGACGGGGUACUGAGGAUCUUCGGGUGACGUGGUCAGCAGCUCCAGGAGACGUGGAUCACUAUGAGGUGCAGCUGCUGUUCAGCGACAUGAAGGUCUUUCCUCCCAUCACCUUGGGUAGCAAUGUAGGGGAGUGUGUCUUGUCAUCACUCACACCUGGACGACUCUACAAAAUCUUGGUGUCAACCUUCAGCGGGCCGAAUCAGAAGACCCAGUUCAUAGAGGGUCGCACAGCUCCCAGUAAGGUGAAGAAUAUCCAUGUUAAUGGUGACAGCAGCCGUCUGAAAGUGAGCUGGACGCCUGGACCAGGUGAUGUGGAUGGAUACUCAGUGUUUUUGUACAGAGAGAGUCGAAAAGUGGCCAUGCAAGCUGUCCUUAAGCACCAGAAUGAGGUGAUCUUUGACUGGCUACAGCCAGGUCAGCAGUACAGUGUUGUGGUGCAGUCUGCAAGUGGAGAACUGCUGAACAACAACACGUCCACAGGACGCACAGUCCCAUUACCAGUCACAGGUCUGCAGGUGGAGCCUGUCCCAAGCACCUGCAGUCUGCAGGUGAGCUGGCAAGAAGCUCUUGGUGUGUCCGAUGGAUACAUCCUCCAGGUUCUGGAUGAAAGAGGCAGCAUUAUUGCCAAUGGCUCACAGCCAGUUGGAUUCACGCGGUAUAGGUUUGAUGGCCUCACGCCGGGCAAGAAGUAUCGAAUCCAGGUGCAGACCACCAGCGGGGGACUCCACAGCCUGGGGAUUAGCACUGAAGCUCGAACACAACCUGCGUCUGUUACUGGUCUGUCCAUCAAAACCAGCUCAACUACAAGCCUAUCCUUUCAGUGGUCACCACCAGAAGGAGACUUCCAAAUUUAUGAAGUCUUUCUGUAUAAAAGUAAUGAAUCUCUGCAGGAGAGUCAACGGAUCCAACCUAGUAUUCAGCAGUGCUCCUUCCAGGGUCUCAGACCUGGAGCGCUGUACAAUCUGGUGAUCCUGGUCCACAGUGGAGACCAGACCAAUGAGACAUCAAUGUUAGCUAGGACAGUACCAGCAGCUGUAGCAUCUCUCAAAGCUCAGAGUGGAAACCAGUCUGAUACUCUGUUGAUCAAGUGGGAUCAUGGUCAUGGUGAUAUUACUGGGUAUAUCCUCUUGCUUUACAAUCCCAAUGGAUCCCGGCAGGCUGAGCAUCAACUGAGCUCCGAGGUGACCGAAUUCAGAUUUACAGGCCUCGUGCCUGGCCGAAAGUACCAAGCUGAUGUAUUUAGUCUCAGUGGAGAGCUUCGCAACCGAGCAAGCACUUUAGGCCGUACCGCUCCCAACCCCCCUUCCUCCUUCCUGUUCGGGGGAGUCACCAACACAUCCCUAGAGAUCACCUGGAAUGGUCCAGUAGGUUCUGACUAUGAUAACUUCGACCUGCAGUGGACUCCCAAGGACCAGCUGUCUGUCAUUAAUCCGUACCACAGCCAAACGUCUGGAAGCCGAAUCCUGAAGGGAAUGUUCCCUGGACGUCUUUACUCCUUCAGCCUCCGAACUGUCAGUGGGGCCACGGACCAAGCCACCACAGCCACCUACAGCACUCCCAUACAAAAGAGCAUUCGAACAAAGCCAGAACGGGUCCACAACCUCCACUGUCGACCUCAGAGUUCUACAUCAAUCUCCUGCUCUUGGGGACCUCCACGAGCCGACUAUGACUCCUACACCAUUGAAUGUCUUCACCAGGACACUCACAACCUAGUCUAUUCAAGGCGUACAAGUCGAGAUUCCACCAGUUAUGUCAUCACUCAGCUGGAACCCCACAAACGUUACACAAUCUCUGUGAAGGUCAUAUCUGACGGGACGACCAGUGAGGAGGCAGAGGAAAGCGUAAUCACCAUGAUCGAUCGUCCUCCCCUGCCGCCCCUGACUACCCGGGUCAGUGACAAGUCCACUAUGGUCACCAGGUCCUCAAUCAUAUUCCAGUUUAAUUGUAGCUGGUUCAGUGAUAUUAAUGGAGCAGUGAAGUUCUUCGCUGUGGUUGUGACUGAAUCUGAAGGUGUCAAUGACAUGCAGCCAGACCAGCACCACCCUCUGCCCUCCUAUCUGGACUACAGAUACAACAGCUCAGUAAAGUCUUACCAGACCAACUACUUUCCCAGCCUCUGCUCAGAUGGCCCAGACAGUAGCAACCAGCUCUAUAAUGUCAGCCUAGGGUCUGGUACAGACUUUCUGGGGGGUCCCUGUGACCGCACAGAUCUGAAUCAUGGAGAGGCAAUCAGAGACCUCAGCCACUUCUGUGAUGGACCUCUAAAGUCAAAGACAUCUUACAGGAUCAGCAUCCGAGCUUUCACUCAGCUGUUUGAUGAAGAAGCUACUAACUCAAAAUUAUCGUCUCCUUUGUUCACCGACACAUUCUUGUCCCUGCCUAUUGUCACAGAGACAGAACCCCUGAGUGGUGUCAUCGAAGGUAUCAGUGCCGGACUCUUCCUCAUAAUGAUGAUUGUUGCCAUCACUGCUCUACUCAUUUGCAGGCACAAGGCUCGCAACUUGGUGGAGGAGAGACCUGCAGUAAGAAGAGGAUUAAGGAGAGAAAGGUCGACAGCAGGAGUCCAAAUGGGAGUCAGAGGCAGCCGGAGAAUUUCCAGCCCCAUCAAGAUCAUGAAUUUUGAAUCUCACUACAAUAAACUGCUGGCUGACUCAAGCUAUCUCCUAUCUGAGGAGUAUGAGGACUUAAAGGACGUUGGCCGUAAUCAACCACUGGACUCAGCUCUGCUGCCAGAGAACCGAGGGAAGAACCGAUACAACAACAUUCUGCCCUAUGACUCUACAAGGGUAAAGCUGACCUACAUGGACGAUGAUCCCUGUUCAGACUACAUCAAUGCCAGUUACAUUCCAGGCAACAAUUUCCGUCGGGAGUACAUCGCUACACAGGGUCCUCUCCCUGGAACAAAGGAUGACUUCUGGAAGAUGGUAUGGGAACAGAAUGUCCAUAAUGUGGUCAUGGUCACUCAGUGUGUGGAGAAGGGCAGGGUAAAGUGCGAUCACUACUGGCCGUUUGAUCAGGAUCCUCUCUACUAUGGAGACCUCAUAGUUCAAAUGCUGUCAGAGUCGGUUCUGCCCGAAUGGACAAUCCGAGAGUUCAGAAUCUGUAGUGAGCAGCAGCUGAGCUUCAUCCGCCUUGUUCGGCAGUUUCAUUACACAGUGUGGCCCGAUCAUGGAGUACCAGAGAGCACACAGUCACUCAUCCAGUUUGUUCGAACCGUCCGGGACUAUGUCAACAGGACCCCCGGUUCUGGUCCCACCGUGGUCCAUUGCAGUGCUGGUGUCGGCCGAACUGGAACCUUCAUCGUCCUGGAUCGAGUACUGCAGCAGCUCGACACAAGAGACACAGCGGACAUAUAUGGCGUUGUCUUCGACCUGCGUCUCCACCGAUCACACAUGGUGCAGACUGAGGGUCAGUACCUGUACCUCCAUCAGUGCAUUCGUGAUGUUCUCAGAGCCCGAAAGCUGCGCAGUGAGCAGGAAAGCCUCGUCCACACUGUCCCAAGAAUGUGAAUCCCAGCAGGCAGAGAGAGACGCUGUGAUUGUACUGCCUGCGAAGUGACUGUUGAGCUUAACAUUAAAAAAAGAAAAAAAACAAAACACAACCUUUUAUUUUUCUAUCAGUGUCCAUAUUUUAUUCUGAAGAAUUAUGAUAAUUUAUGUAACGGGAUUUAGAGUGCGUCUGUGGCUGUACACUGUGUUUCUGUGUCACGAUGAAGCUUGCAAUGAAACAACCUCAGGAGACUGAAUAUUUCAAUCAGCUCUGAUCACAGGUGCACACUCCACUGCUGAACAUUUAUUCUAUCAAUAGUCGACUGAGCUCCUCGUUAAAUAUAUGUAUACAGAUGAACAACAGUACCUGUAUGUUACCUGUUCAUCUUCUUCUACCUUAACCUGUACCUGGAGAUCUGCUUGUAGCCAAAUCUGUACCUGUGCAAGUUCUGUACCGAAUUCCGAGCCUGUACCUCUACCUAACAAUACCUGUGUGUGAACAGCUCAUUAAACAUGCAGCACGUGUACAAAUACCUGAUUUCUGUUGUUAUUGAUCAAAAUUGAUUAAAACCUUCUGCCACCAAAGAAAUUUUCAUAUGUAACUCAGAAUCAAAAACACUCCUAAGAACUUUUUCUAACUCCUCACAAUGCUGUUAAACACUGGAAAAAGUAUUUCAUCUGUCCAUCCAUACACACACCUUCUGCUGCUUAUCUGUCAGGGUCACAGGGGGCUGGUGUCUAUCUCCAGCAGUCUAUGGGCAAGAGGCAUAGUACACCCUGGACCAGCUGCCAGUGCGGGAACAAAGAUAAAAAACCAUGCAUUAACACUUUGAGACAAUUUAGAGGCCGCAAUUUAUCUGUCAGAAAUGUUUUUGGCCUAAGAAGCCAGAGUACCUGGAAAGAACCCACGCUCACGCUGGGAGAACAUGUAAACUCCAUGCAGGAAAAAGGCAAUGAGUCAAGCUUCAACCUUAUAACAACACUUUAAUAGAACAAUUACAAUACUGCAUCAACGGUACAAAAAUUCCUUUAACAGUACUCUAACAGUGCACUAAAGAUGAUGCACCUUUGACAA